AUGCAGCUUCUACAACGCUUUGUGACUGCACCGACAGUGCAUGCAGCAUUACGUCUCCAAGGCAUAGGCAUCUCCAUUGUUGACAGUGCGCCCAAAGAACUGGUAUAUAUGUCCAUUAUUGGUAUUACAUUGGAGUUUCUUCUCAGCGAAGACGACCGAAACUACAGCGGAGCUUCAAUUGCCGGAAGUGCAGCGUCAUUGUCUCGGCUCGAGCGUGAAACCGGUCCUCGGGUUCUGGCUUGCUGUCUUGAAGUGAGUGACAUACAAAUUGACAAUCAGUUGCAGUUGACGCCGUAUCCUGUACUGCUGCGCUUUUCCAAUCCAAAUGACAGAUCACGAACUCUAAAGGGACAAACCGUAAGUAUCCCUGCGUUGCAGGUGGGUCUCGUGAAGCACGAAGAAUACGCUGGUAUCGAGUUUAUCAGGCAUUUCAGUGUCAGUGUUCUGCCGGUGCAUAUUCGGGUAGACGGCGCUCUGCUCUAUCAGAUAUUACCGCUCUUUACUCACACCAAAAUCUAUGGCAGCAAUGGCAAAGCUGGUAUGGCAAUUAAAAAACGAGCGGUUGUAUCGGCGAAUGGCGAGACUAAUUACGAUGAGAUCGCUCGAGCGGCACACAGCCAUUUAUUACUCAGAGAUUUCAACGCCAGCCUUGAAGAUCAGGCGAAAAUGUAUGAGACGAUCCAGAAAGACGGGGCCACAUCGGCGGAAGCUAGUUCGCACUCAGCAACUCCCAAGAUUACUGCUCGGAGAAGCAGCGGUACGCAACAACAGCGAACAAGCCCACGCCACAAGGAUCAUACCGCAUUGGCUGCGGAGACUCAGCAUUACAUGGAUACAAAAUACGGCAAACUCAGUGCUAUUGCUACGAAGGAUGAGCAAAAUAAGCUGUACUUCGAAGAGUUUCACAUUGAUCCCAUCCGCGCUACUGUCAGCUUCUCAUUUGGUGACAGUGCAGGCGCCAUUGUGGACGGUCAGUUGUCAUCAUUAUCACACGCAGCAGCAUUGACAGACCCGUCGUCACCAAGAGAGACAUCCGUCAUCACAGUUGGCCCUCUGCGACUUAUUUUGAAUGCUAUUGGCACUAGCCUAAGCAAGAUCGCGAACGCUCCGUUCAAACUUCAGGCGCUUCACAUCCAUAAUACGUUUAUACAACCCGAUGCGUUAGCAACGAGGUUGGCGUCACAUUAUCAGAGUGAGGCGCUUCGUCAAGCCUAUGUCAUUCUCGGAAGUGUUGACGUGCUAGGCAAUCCAAUGAUCGCAUGGAAAAAUCUUAGCAGUGGUUUCCAGGACUUCAUUUCCGAGCCAGCACAUGGACUUUCGCAGCGAAGUCCGCAAGCGUUUGCUUUCGGUAUUGGGCGUGGGUCACUAUCGCUUAUGCGCGCUUCGGUGUAUACCUUCUUGGAUUUUAACACGCGCAUUCUUACGGCUGUUUCACUUGGUCUGUCUGAAGCCUGUUUAAAGCUGGAUGACUACACGGGCUACCCUGCUACGCGUCACAUUUUCCAGGGUCUCGUGCAAGGUGUCUCGGGUGUUGUAGUGGCUCCCAUCCACUCGUUCGAAGUCAACGGCGCACGUGGUGUGUUGCCUGGGUUAGUGGCAGGUGUGUUCGGAGUCGUACUAAAGCCAUUGCUAGGCUUCUCUUUGGCCACAGCAACAACCGCUGCUACGCUUCGCGAUGCUGUUGACCCCAACACGAAGGUGCUGCUUGUACGUGUGCGGCCGCCACGCCACAUUGACCUUCGGACAAAAAGGCUGAAGGUCUACUCGUACGUGGAAUCCUUGGGUGAAGAAAUUGUAGGCAAGGUCCGCGGUGGUCGCUAUCGUGCCGACGGAUAUCUGGGUCACGUCGAUCUCAAGACAGCUCACCAAUGCUUUUUGGUCACCCGCAAGCGUAUUUUAUUUCUAAACGUGAGAGGAACAGCCCCGACGCAAACAGCAAAGUACGACGUCCAGUGGGAAUUGCUGGCAGAAGAAGUCGUGAUGGUGGAUUGCUCUAAGGCACCAACUGAGCAGACCAUCACCAUCUACUAUAUGGAAGACGAGUUCCGCGCAGCUAGCGGUGCCGGGCGCAGUAUUGGUGGUGCAAGCGGGUCAAAUACAGUGAUCACGAGCAUGCGACGGACACCAGGCAUACCGCGUGGCAUGUUUUUAAAAAAGCACGAGGUGGCACUGCCAGACACGAAAGUACUUUUCGUUCGUGCAAUGCUACAGCAACAAGAGCGCUCGCUUCUCACAAAAAUGAACAGCUACACAAAGGACUUACUGCACCGCCAAAACUCUCUAUCAUCUCUAACAAGGACAAACUCGAUGAAGCCAAGCUCAGCAUGGCAGCCUCAGCACUCGGAGUACCCGAUUUUUCGAUUACCACAGACGCAGUCUUGCGAACCUCAUGGAGGCGUCCGUCGCAUGUGCACAACCUCUACAACCAGCAACUGA